GAGAACCGGGGCUCGCCGCGAGCCUUCGAGAGCAGCGGCCGCGGAGGAGGCGGCGGCGGCGGCACAGGCUCUAGCCAGCCGCGCGCGCAUCCCCGGGCGCCCUGCGUGGCGGAGAUCUCGGCGGGCCGCGGGAGCCCAGGACGGGACUGGACAAAGCAAGAUGGCAGGAAUCUUAGCCUGGUUCUGGAACGAGAGGUUUUGGCUCCCUCACAAUGUCACCUGGGCGGACCUGAAGAACACGGAGGAAGCCACCUUCCCGCAGGCUGAGGACCUCUAUCUCGCCUUCCCCUUGGCCUUCUGCAUGUUAAUGGUACGGCUCAUCUUCGAGAGAUUUGUAGCCAAACCAUGUGCCAUAGCCCUCAACAUUCAGGCCAAUGGACCACAAAUAGCCCAGCCAAAUGCCAUUCUGGAAAAGGUUUUUACUGCAAUUACAAAGCAUCCUGAUGAAAAGAGAUUGGAGGGCCUCUCCAAGCAGCUGGACUGGGAUGUUCGCAGCAUUCAACGCUGGUUCCGACAAAGACGCAACCAGGAGAAGCCAAGCACACUGAAGAGGUUCUGUGAGAGCAUGUGGAAAUUUUCAUUUGGCCUUUAUGUAUUUACCUAUGGAGUCCGGUUCCUGAAAAAGACCCCCUGGCUGUGGAAUACAAGACACUGCUGGUACAACUACCCCUAUCAGCCACUCACGCCUGACCUUCACUACUAUUAUAUCCUGGAGCUGUCGUUUUAUUGGUCUUUAAUGUUUUCCCAGUUCACUGAUAUCAAAAGAAAGGACUUUGGCGUCAUGUUCCUGCAUCAUCUUGUAUCUAUUUUUUUGAUUACCUUUUCAUAUGUCAACAACAUGGCCCGAGUAGGGACCCUAGUCCUCUGUCUCCAUGAUUCAGCCGACGCUCUUCUAGAGGCUGCCAAAAUGGCAAAUUACGCCAAGUUUCAGAAAAUUUGUGAUCUCCUGUUUGUUAUGUUUGCCAUGGUUUUUAUCACCACACGACUGGGUAUAUUUCCUCUCUGGGUGUUAAAUACCACAUUAUUUGAAAGUUGGGAGAUUGUUGGACCUUACCCUUCCUGGUGGGUUUUUAACCUACUGCUGUUGGUAAUACAAGGCUUGAACUGCUUCUGGUCUUACUUGAUCGUAAAAAUAGCUUGCAAAGCUAUUUCAAAAGGCAAGUCUGGGAAGUGGAACCCUUUACAUGUGUCCAAGGACGAUCGAAGCGAUAUUGAGUCUAGCUCAGAUGAGGAGGACUCGGAACCUCCGGGGAGUAACCCCCAUGCCGCGACCACCACCAAUGGGACCAGUGGUACCAACGGGUAUCUCCUCACUGGCCCUUGCUCCAUGGAAGAUUAAUUACUCAAAACUACAAGUCCCAAAUAAAGUGAACUGUUUGUUCCUGGAAGUAUUUAAUAAGUUGCAAAUGCAGUUCCUUUCAUAAUCUCUCAGCACCAGAAACAAAAAUUAGGAUUAUCAAAGCAUUUUGAAUAGUGCACUGCCAUAUGUCCUGUCUGUGAAUGAGGAAGAAUUACCAUUCUGUAUAUGUAGGCAUGCUUUAUGUAAUUGGCACAAGGGAACAGUAUUUGCAUUUGUACUGUCUUAGAAUAUUAUUUAUUUUUUUGUAUUUGUUUGUGAAUCUGUGGACAAAAGAGGGUUUCCUCACUCCUUUUUACUCUCUGGGUUCAUGACAGUGAGGGAGACGCUCCAUCUGCUUCUAUCCCUUUCUAUUCCCCUAAGCCAGUCCGCUAGGAGCCUUAGCUUAAUUGGUCACUUAGAGCAAGCAAAUCCCAGUGCAGGAUCCUCGUACAGCUCCAAAUAGGUUUGCUUUCUUUGUGUUACAGUGCCUGUUUCGAAACGGCCUGUACAGUCUCAGUGAGCUUUGUCCCGGUGUAAAGUUGGAACAGGAUGAGCUCAGUUUUGUAAUUGUCACUCUUCGUGGUCGAUUAGCUGUUGCAAUUAAAGAGUGUGGUUAUUGGAGGACUUAAAAAAUUUGUUUUGUAGUAAAUUGCUUUGGAUUAGAUGUCAUUUCUUAUUCACACAGCCAAGAUCUCUUCAGUGAGAAUGGCAGCUAGCUGGGGAUUAACUUUGGAGGUUACAGAGAUUUUUUUAUUCUCUAUUACGGGGUCAGUGCUCCGGCUCUGAAGGAAGACUUAAGGUCAUGGUUACAAACAAAGAAGUCACUCUUCCUACUGAGAAUUUGUCCCAUGAUCUGAGAAUAAUACAAAGAGAGCAGCAGAUUUCAACCAGGUUUUACCACUACCCCUGUAAUUAGCGCCGUCUUUUGCCAUGUCAUGAAAAAAAGAAGCUAAGUAUAUUUUGGAACAGAUAAAGGAGACUUCCAAGAGUUGGCAAAAGUCACCUCUAAUGCAAAGCACUUUACCGCAACCAGCUUUAAAGAAAGUGCCCUCUCUAGUAUUUGAUCUUGAUGUUUUUAUUUUUCUGAGCAAAAUAAAGCCAAUGGGAGAAAGACUAUUUUACCGUUCGUCUUUUCUCCUUAAACAUAACCCAUAACAUAACAGAAUUUCCUGUUACUAGAAACUGAGCAGUGUUAUGCUCUAAGUCCUUUUGUUUGCUUCUUUGAAGAACUUGCUCAGUUUCCAGGAAUUUUUGUUCAAAGGGAGCUAUUUCCAGAAAAAAAACAAUAAAAAUUCUACUCAGCAAUGAGAAAGAUUACUGAAAAAAUAAGUUUCCAUAGUCUCCUACAGGGCAGUGUUACUUAUGUAUAGAUAAGAAAACCACACACAUAAACCAAAGAUUUUAUCUCUUUUCUUGAAACCAACUUUUAGUAAGAGGGAAUAAAAAGGUAUUAUAAAUACUUAUUUCAUAAAUCAGAAAGACCAUCUUCUAAAAAAGGAGCCCCAAACCACAAUGCAGUGCUAUCAAUGUGCAAGUCAGGGCUAGUGAAGGGAACAGCAAAAUACUAGCAAGUGCAUGUCCUGCCCAAAACCAUUCGUAUUCAAUUCAAUUUUUUUAAAAAUUGAAAUAAAGCUUUGUGCCCACAGUGUGCAACAUGAGUGUUAAUACUUCCAAACAAAAACCUCACACUGUAAUGUUAACCCUUUUCCCACCUAUUUAUAAAAUAGUGUGUUUUUGGUAUGGUCCAUAGUAAUGAUUGAAGAGCCUUGGAAAUAUGUCUGCUUGUUUAUUGAAGAAACAGUAUAACUAACUCUUCUUGUAAAGCCUUAUUAUUUUAUUUCACAGAACAGGGAUAUGUCUAGGAGUGUAAUUUGUGGAUGGUCGUAUUUGUAAGACCUAUCAUUAAAUACCAAAUAUACUUGUUAAGUCAUCUGAACAUCUGCUAAAAUGCAGAUAUAUAAAAAGUAAACAGCAUGCAUGUUAUAGCUGAAAAUUUUUGAGAAGGUGAAAGUUUCUUAUCAGCUAAAAUAUGGAACAGAAGAAUGACUCGUGCCUUGCUUUAGUGUCUAGAGCAAGUCCCCUGAUGGGUGAAAUAAACCAGAGAACCACAGUGUGUUCCACUUUGGAUCAUCUGACACUUUUAGCACAGAAAAAUAAUUUCAGAAUAUCAGCUUGUAAAUUAAAGGUUUAGAAGAUUUGCAUGAAAUGAAGAAUUAAGUCUGUCCUUAGCAAAGACAUCUGAACAAUCUUCUGUUUUUCCCAAAAGUCACUUAGAAGGAUUGAGAAUUCUCAGAGCCUCUCUGACCAAUGGCAGUAACUUAACGCAGUCCUCUGUGUAUCUGUGGAUUUUUAUUUCAUUUUACAUUUUAAGGCAAAGAGUUCUUUUUGACUAAUCAGAAUGGUGUUUGUAGGGCUUUUGAGAUGAAGAAUAAUAUAUCUUGUCUACUGCUCUCCCAUGGUGGCCUGAUAAGGCUGAGAGAGGAAAAUAUGUGAGAUAGCCUAUUUUCUACCUGUGCCAAGCCAUAGCUUUGGAAGUGGAUUUUGUAAAGUAAACUGUAGGUUUAGUAAGAGUGUUGUUUCCCAUUGAUUAACUUAGCCUGUCCUGGUCAUAUUCAAACCUUCCCAAGGUACAAAGAGAUAUGUAGGGAGGAGUCUAGAAAAGGUAAUAUCUUAUUCUCCAAUUCUAUAGCUUUUGUAGAUUGAUUAGAAGGAGAAAAAUGUAGAAAAUCAAGUAGAAUUUGGCCUUGGGUCAAUAAAUGAUAUAAAAAUGUGUGAUCUAUGUAUGUACCUGUAUGUUUCUCAAAAAAAGGUGAUAAAACCAGAAUAUCACUGACUGGUCCUUAUCCAUAUUUUUUUCAUGAAAACCAUCUGCCAUGUGCAAUAGAAACUUCCCACCUCCUUCUCCACUUCCUGUUCAUGGCCCCCCGACAGCUGAGAGUGGUAGACUCCUUCAGCCUCUUUGUCUCAGAGCUAAGAUCAUGGAGGCCCUAAAGUCAGCAUCUAAGUAGUUCCCAUUUCCAAACUAAGUGAUACGAAUGUUGAGAAUGGGGGAGCAACUACUUUGGAUUAUUAAACUAAGUGUUGGAAAAAAUGCACAUGAUUUCUGCUUCACCCCAGGAUUUUAUUAACAUCCAACUCCUGCUAGGCUGCUAGACAGAUGGUAUCCUGAGGUACCAUCAGAUAAUGAAAUAGGCAUCUAACAAAGAUGAACUAGGAAAAAAGAUAGGCUCUCCAAAGAGAACAAGCAAUUGGAUGAGAGAAAUAACUCUUUAGUGGGAUAAAAUCAGGUCACCUUUAGCCAAAAUGGUGGGUAAAUCUCAAAAUGUCCAGUUCUAUUCCCAAACUUUCCGUUCUGAGUAUUGGAUGGCGUUUGAAUUUGAGCAAACUAAAUGCUUGCACCUUGGGUAGAAAGGGCCUGAAUCUUCCACUCUGUAUUUUUCAACCUCAUUUAUCUGGGCCAAAGUAAAAAAUUACAUUUCAUUCCAAGUCACCUGAGUCUUUACAAAAGAGCUCUUCCAAGAGAACUUUAUGGACACCCGUGAUUGUUCCCAAUCUAUUCAUGAUUUUUGCAUUGGUAGUUAUUUUUGUCCCCUUCUUGGAGAUGUUAAUGCCAAAGUUGCCUGAAUAUUUGAGUAUUUUUUUCUUAAUUUGAAGUAUGAAAAGUAUACAGAAUAAUUCUGAAGGUAUUAAAUAAUUCUCUUUAUCAGUAUGUGUGAUGAUAUCAUUAUGUCCAAAGAGGUUUCAAGAAAUCCUUUGGAAGUAAGAGGUUAAAUGUUUACAUUUCAUGUGCUAUUUGAGAUCUUAAGGUUCUAAUUAGCUCACUUUUUUUACUUUGUCUUUGGCUCAUUCCUGCUUUGUAGAUAAAUAUUAGUAGCCCUGAAAUGUUCCUAACGUUAAAAUAAGAAAAGAUCAAAUGAGAUCAAAGUCUGCACUUGUGUGCUGUCCACAGAAGGAGUACUGUCAGUCACAAACAGUUCACGCAAAAUGCAGCAAGAUAUUUUUUUAAAUGAAGUUAUUGUUGUCCCCAGAGCAGGGAUAAGUUUCUCUUGGUUAAAUGAAAUUGUACCAUUAUCAAAUUACCAGAUAGUAAUUAGCACUGGUUCGCUGUGGCCACAUUUUUAUUCUUCAUUAGUAAUAGGCCAGAAAAAGGCCCUGUGGUUUGCAUUUGUAUGCAUGGUCCCCUCCCGUCCCCUAGGGGGCGCUCAGUAGAUGCCGAGGAGGCCUGUUCACUGGGCCACUCUAUGCUGUUGGAACACCUCUAACAUGCGCUCAGAGGGAGCAUACCUGAUAAUGGUUUUUAUGGAGAAAAUUGUGUUAGAGAAUGUAAAACAUCAUAAGUAACUGUUAAUAAGAUCUGUAGACACCCAAAGGAGAACUUUAGUCUUCCCAACGUGAGUUCAACCUGAAGCCUUUGAAAGGAGCACAUUACCAAAUGGCCACAAGCUGAGACCCCAUCCGAUCAAAGUCUCUGCAGGCACACGGCCCAUCAUAUGGUGUCUCCACAAGACUAGACAGUCUCAAGAUUGCCCAGGAAGCAAUGGGAGGGGACCACUAGCCUAGGAUCUGUCUUGUUUAUCUUUCACUCACAUUCCUUUAAGUCUCCUGGGACUCUUAAUAAAAGGAAGCCAGAAUAUUGUCACUUAUCUGCUAUCAAUUUCCCAAUAGCCUUUGGAUCAGUUGUGUACCAUACUUCCUUCUAUGCCUGAUUCCAUUUUUCCUAAAAAGUAUUGUGCCCACGUGAGCCUGUUUUCCUUAACACAAGUCCGUGAAAGCUUGGCUUCCUAUUUCGGUAUACGUUGCAUGGCCUGGAAACCAGGGAACAACAGCUGUUGGUAUGAUUUCUAUGUUAAGUGAAAAAUUAGAUUUUAUAAAGACAUCUUUUUUUCUUUUGGAUCUACAGUAAUUUUUUAAAACUGUCAUUGUAAAACUGCUCUUAAAAAUGAGGGGUUUUUAAAGAUUAGUUGCCAAAGAGAAAUUAGCUCUGUAAUAGGAAUAGUUAUGUGGUGAUUCUGGAACUUAGAGCUUCAUUAAUUUAAACAUGGAAAACACCCUCCAAGUCUGAUUUCCCAAAGUUUCAUAAAGCCUCUAAGCUCAUGAUUUUCAUCACCUCUUUACCCACCUGAUCAGUUACCUCCAUAGCCAUUUGGUGUCAUGCAAGGGGAAGGUGGUUAGUUUGAGGAUUUGAUUUUUUUCAACUUGCUGUGAGAAAUAGAAUAGGUGACAAAACCUUUACUUGUUAAGACAAUUCAGCGCUUGAGCAUCGCUGUCAGAAAUGGAAUGAUGUACUGUUAGCCAAUUAGAAUUACUUUAUGUAUUGUUAUUAUGUUUUGCUGAUUUUUAUAUGAAAAUAUAAUUAUUCAUUCUUGAUCCCUGGAAGCAAUCAUUGUAAUGAGGAUCAUUUUACUUUGAAAACACUUUCAUAAUAAAGAUAAGUAUUAAGA